AAGUACUGAUAGCAGGGGUACGUGUUACCCGGGUGCUACCCGCUCGCUUCAAGUCGCCGUCCACCAUCUCGCAACACUUUGAAGGGGUGCUACGUAUGCCGUGACUUCUUGCGUCACAGAGCACGUUGAAGUGAAGAGGUGAACUUGAGAUGGCCAGUAGAGACAAGGACAAUGGACACCAUCUGGUCAAGGCCACUUCCAGUGAGUCAUCUGAAAGUCACAUGGCCACUUCUGGUGAGCAUUCAGAAUCUGAUGUUGACAUGGCCAGUCCAGACGAGGAACAUGAAGGUCACUUGGUACCCGCAGGUUCAGCGUACGAGGAGGUUCCAGAGAGCCAAGCAAUCUCAAUAAGUACAGGUGAACAGCGUUCAGGGAACGCCCAAGUUGCCAACACUCUCAACAUUGUCACUGGAGGGGCAGGACAAGGAACACUGGGGAGAGAUACCCUUGAUUUACGCACAGAUGAAGCGAGGAAGAUUUUUUGCUCCAACUGA